AUGAAGUUCGGACAGCAGCUCCGCCAGUCCCUGAUCAAGGACUACUACUGGCACUACAUUGCUUAUGACGAUCUCAAAGCUGCCCUCAAAAAACCCUUUGUGAAUGGCAAAAGCGGCGAGCGAGAAGCAUGGACCGACGACGACGAGGCCAACUUCAUCCGGCUGCUGGAGGCUGAGCUUGACAAGGUCUUCACCUUUCAGAAGCUCAAAAGCCAGGAGAUUAUAUCAAGGAUCAAGGCCGCUGAAGCUGAGGUCAAGCAGGUGGUCGAACGGCAAGAGCGUCAAAAUCAGAACGGCUCAGAGCCCGACGAGGAGCUCGAGAACGAUUUCGAUCUGCUGGAAGCUGACCUUUCCGACAUUAUUGCUGACGUCCAUGACCUGGCCAAAUUCACCCAACUGAACUACACAGGGUUUCAGAAGAUUAUCAAGAAGCACGACAAGCAAACCCAGUUGAUCCUUCGUCCUUCCUUCGCGACCCGCCUCAAAGCAAAGCCCUUCUUUCAAGACAACUACGAUGCCUUCAUUGUCAAGCUCUCCAAACUAUACGAUCUGGUCCGGACGCGGGGCAACCCGGUCAAAGGAGACAGCAGCGCCGGUGGUUCCCAGCAGAACUUCGUCCGUCAAACAACAAAGUACUGGGUCCACCCUGACAAUAUUACCGAGCUGAAGCUCAUCAUCCUCAAGCAUUUACCCGUCUUGGUCUUCAACCCAAACAAAGAGUUCGAAGAGAAGGAUUCUGCCAUCUCAUCCAUCUACUACGACAAUCCCGAAACAUGGGAGCUGUACAUGGGUCGUCUCAAGAAGACCGAGGGUGCCGAGGCCAUCCGCCUUCGGUGGUACGGUGGCAUGGAAAACGAGACCAUCUUCGUUGAGAGGAAGACCCACCGCGAAGAUUGGACGGGAGAAAAGUCUGUCAAAGCUCGGUUCACCCUGAAAGAGAAGAACGUCAAUGCCUUUUUGAACGGGACAUUGACCGUUGAUGAGGUCUUUGCCAAGAUGCGCAAGGAGGGAAAGAAGAGCGUCAAGGAAAUCGAGGACCUCGAACAGCUCGCUCGAGAAAUCCAAUACCGUGUCAUCAGCAGGAAACUCGUUCCGGUGACCAGGUCUUUCUACCACCGCACGGCAUUCCAGCUUCCAGGUGACGCCCGUGUGAGAAUAUCGUUGGAUACCGAAUUGACAAUGGUCCGUGAAGACAACCUUGAUGGCAGACAGCGUGCCGGCAAGAACUGGCGACGAAUGGACAUUGGGAUCGACUGGCCUUUUCCUCAGCUGCCACCGGAGGAUGUUGAACGGUUCCCUUAUGCCGUCCUUGAGGUCAAGCUGCAGACCCAAGCCGGGCAAGAACCACCUCAGUGGAUUCGUGACCUGACAGCAAGUCAUCUUGUCGAAGCUGUGCCAAAGUUUUCGAAAUUCAUCCAUGGCACCGCCACCAUGUUCCCUAAUCGCAUCGAUCUUCUCCCAUUCUGGUUCCCCCAAAUGGACGUCGACAUCCGGAAACCCAUUACCCACCGCUUCGGCAUUGAACGACCUGCCAAUACAGCAAGCUACUCAACCAGCGAUGUUGACGAGGAUGAGUAUGAUUCAGAUGAUCCAGCAGCUGAAGCUCACACCACCGGAAAGACGACACCCAUGUUGGAUGGCUCUCAGGACGCCGAAGACGAAGGGACGAGGCGCUUGAAGGCCGCACGGCAAGCACUCGACGAGCACAGUCGGGCCCAGGACCGAGACGCCAUCGAAGACGGUUUCGCGGCGCCUGGUAACUCAUUAGACGAGGAAGAAAUAGUUGCUGCCAUGCGCGUCUCAGACGAGUAUCUCUACGACUCCGAAGAAGAUGAUGCUGAAGACGAGCUCGAAGAAGCCCGCCAGUCGAAAUCGUGGAAAUAUUACCCGUUGUUUUUAAAGCAGCAGGCCCAUCACCUUAGCGACCGUGUCCUCGGACUCGUCCACAAAAUCCCUACAAGCACCCCCUUACCACAGAACGGAGGCGUUGCCGGCGGCAGGAACCAGCUCACCGGCCAAGUGCAAGUGAAACGCUUCAAGGCUCCCAAAGGCAAACGUAUCCAUGUGCCCGUCCGCGUGGAACCCAAGGUCUACUUUGCCGCCGAACGCACCUUCCUUUCGUGGCUGGAGUUUAGUAUCAUCAUCGGCUCCAUUGCCGCGGCGCUCUUGAACUUUGGAGACAAUGUGAGUUUGAUCUCUGCGUGGGGGUUUACCAUUGUCGCCUCCGCAGCAUUGGUAUAUAGUGUUGUCAUUUAUUAUCUGCGGGUGCAGAUGAUUCGCAAAAGAAGGGCUAGCGUGUCGAGGUACUAUGAUAAAUACGGAACAUCGGCGUUAUGUUUGGGCUUGUUGGCGGCCACGGCGGUCACAUUUGUCUUUCGAAUCAAGGAGGAUGGAUGGUUCCAGCAGACCUGA